AUGGAAGGCACGCCUCUACACCAUCGGUCCUCAGCGGAGGAUCGCCAUGAUCGUGAUCGUAAGCACAGCAGACCCCGUCGGCACUCGAGACGUUCGCACGACAGCCAUGCCACCGAUAACGACCUGACCUCUGAGGUCCCCCGUGAGUCUCGCCACGGACGCUCGCACCGUCCCACUAACGACGUAAUCGCCUCUGAUUCUUCGGAUGAAGUCCUGAUCAAAGACCGCGGCUCACAACGAUCUCGACGGGAGGCUACCAGCAAGCGUUCCACCACGCGCCACUCCAGAGACAACGAGAAAGGUCAGCAGCGCGAGGAAACGCGUCGUCCUUCGUCUUCGUCCAGUCACGAGGUUCACAUCCACUACAUCCCCAUCGUCACCACAUCAGCUACGCCUCCAGUCAUGAACUCUCGCCGCCACUCGCGGUCGGGCGACCCUUCUCCCCCUGAUGUCGAUGCUCCUGCCAUCAGGGUGUCUAAGUCGGUCGGCGUCUGCGCCAGCGAGCUGACUGAACAACUCAAGGGCCUCACAAUGUCCUGGAUCUCCAAGCACACUUCCUCGGCCCAGGGUUCACGCCGAAGCAAGCACGAGCGGCUCGGCAAGCACGGGAAGAAAAAAGAGGUUUCCAAGUUUCUGGCGCCCCUCGCCGAACGCUGGAUUUGCUACUGCUGCGGCAAGCUUCGCUCCGACACCUUCCACAGCCGUCACCCCCUCAAGGAGGGACAGAAGAUGCAGCCCAACUGGUGUGGUAGGUGCCGUAUCUACAGCGAGCUGAAGGGCAAGACGCUCAACUGGAGUGGUCAGCGCCACUAUUGCUGGGGAUGCGGAAUCAUCCGCUCCAAGAGCUACCAUCGCGACAACCGCAUUGUCGAGGGCGACGUGCCUACGCCCAACUACUGCAGAGCCUGUCGCGAGGUCUCACCCAGCUUCGAAUACAGUCUACGCGAGGCCAGUGAGAUAGGAAGUGAGGCGACAAUCCGAGAUCAGGCUUUCCAGCGUCAGAUGCACGACGCUGAGCUGAGCGAUAUUGAGGAAGAUGAGGAUGACGACGACGAUACGACCAGAGCCCAGGUUGCGCCCGGCAAGGAGAACGAAGACCCCAUCAAACCAAAGAAGGUCAAGCACUCCGACAGCUUCAUCCGUCAGCACUGCUCCCUGUCGACCAAGACCAAAUCCUCCGAGAGCUCCAACGAAGGCGGGGCGCCCGUCGGCGAGCCCAAGGCUAUGCAGCUAGAGGCAGAGAAAGCUCGCAAUUCCGUCGAAGGAGGACGCCCCCUUUCGUCGCGCUCGUAUAACCCUCCUCACGUGCAACCCCUUCCAGAAAAGGGUCUCAAUGCUGGUAUGGGACUCUCCUCAGAGGCUCAGCCGACCUCCAAUAAGGGUGGUGGUUGCGCCGUGGAGGCCAAAGACCAGACUGCUGGUGAGCAGCUACUGCGUGAGGAUGGAGGCGUAGGUCAAGUUGGAGACCGCUCAACUGUCCCCGCCGAUGACCAUAAAGCCAUCGACGUGAGCUCGUCUAAGAAGAAGGUACACUGGAGCAAGGACAAAGAGGACAAUCAACCUAUGACUUCUGCUACCGGUGCCUCUUCUUCCUCUGAGAGCAGCCUGCUUCAUGGCACUGACUCCAGCCUUUCGAGCGGCUAUCGAUCUAAUCUUUCGUCCAAGAAGUCUAGCGCUUUCCGCGGACCUCCCCGCCGUCACCCUGCCGAGGAGAGCACGGGCAGUCCUCUCGAGCGUGAGGGCGCCGUCUUGAGUGAGAAUCUUGGCGACAGUUCGCGAAAGGCCUGGGCGGAGGAGGCUUCCUCGAGUCGACAGUACAGCCGCGGUGUUCCCAGCUUCCGUCAGGGCUCCUCAGCCCAGCAGGCUUCCGGAGAGGCAGCUUCCAACCUAGAUGCUGCGAUGCCUCGGGGUUCAUGCGGCCCUGCUCCAUCUGCUGGCUCCUACUACCAGACGACUUCAUCUGCUUCUUUUGCAACCUCUGAGCCCAUGAGCAUGGGCACUGAUACCUUUUCCUCUAACAACUUUGGGGGCCAGCAGAAUGCCCAUGACUACUGGACAUCCCACCCUCAGUCUUCUAGCCAGCGGUCAUAUGCUUCAUACAACCUUGCUGGCGAUCCAGUCUCCUACCAAGGUUACGACAGCUACAGUGCUUUCACUGACCAGCAACUCUACCCGGGCUUCGAUUCUGCCACCCACUUCAGCGACUCCACCACCCGCCGGGACUUCUCUGGCUAUACCGCACCUGUUGAGGCUGGUUUCGACAUGUACGAUUCCUCUCGGGCCAAUGACGGCUUUUUUGCCCCUUAUGGAUAUGGCUGUACCUUUCCUCCCCCUCCUGGCUAUCCUGAGUUCGACUUCUCCAACAUGGGCGAGACGGACGAGUUCAAGGCGGCCAAGGAUGAGUUCUAUACACAUGUCCCCCAGGGCGUCGACGAGACGUUUGCCAGUGAGAAGUUCACGCGCAACAACAAGUCUCGGACUCCACGGUCACAGGCCUCCUGGCGCCUGUAUGAUGAUGGAGACAUGGAGGAGAAGAAAAAGAAGAAGAGCACGACCUACGAGUGGCGUGAUGGCCACACGACCGUCCACCACGAGCAAGAGUCGUAUCUCACCAACUCUGGGAACCGGGUCACUAUCCUCUCCAUUCGGGAGAUCAAGAGCGACGAGGAAUUGUCCGAGGCUUCUGAUGGCGAAAAUGGUAUGAACAACAGCGGUAUCCGGUGCUUGCUAUGCCGUGGUGAUGAGGGCAGCGACGACUCGGAUCUUGACACUGUCAUCCACAAGUCCACGACGAAGUCCCUCUGCUCAACCUAA